GCAUAAGAAGAAGUUACGUUCUGGGACGCUCGAUCUCGCGUAAUAUGUGUUUUCUUUAAUCCAUUCUUUUGCUUAAUUUAAAACUGCUGCGCGUAAAUAAUGCCUCAUGCAAUCUUGCAAUCUAGUGUACGCGAAAAAUCCGAGUAUACUGUAAUCAACCCCUGGAGGGUGAUCUUGUGGACCGCCAUCUUAGUGGCAGUUCUUCCAGAUUGUCACGCACAUGAAAGGGAUAAGAGAGCUAUACAAAAUGAUGCAAGAAAUCAAAAACCAUUUGUGGGAUAUAUCUAUGAACAACCGAACAAGCCGUUCACUCUUCCGACGCAGCCGCCACCAACAAGAACUUCACCACCGCAUAAUCAAACACGAUCACCACCCACUUUAACAAGACCACCGCCAUCAUCGCCAACGUCACCGCUGCAUAUUCAGACAAAGCCGCCGCCAGCACCCGUAGGGCCUACGAGUCCACCGAUGUCGCCACCAUAUAGCUAUGCACCUCCCCAACAGCCUUUUACACAACCCCCUCAAACUAGACCUUCACCACCGCCUUUAAAUAGACCACCUCCAGCCAGACUUUCGCCACCAAAAUAUAGACCCACACCACCUGAAACUAGGCAUCCGCCAUCAUCUAUUCAAAGCAGACCAACAAUAGUAACACCGCCACCUUCUCCGAACGUCGGUUACACUUAUACUACUCCUAAAAAAUUAUUCACAUUCCUACCUCCAACACCAACAUCGGCAAGACCGCCUCCCUCACUGUCAACUAGGUCUCCUUCGACUAAAACACCUCCACCACCACCUCAAAUUGUAACAAAACCUCCAUAUUUUCCUCCUCCAACUCAGCAAACUUCAAGACCUCCUCUUUCUCCAAAAACUUCAAGACCUCCUUCUCAACCUACAAGACCUCCAUAUAUUCCUCCAUCAGUACCAACCAGGCCACCCUUUGUUCCACCUCAACCUCAACCUUCGUCAAAACCUCCAUCGCCUCUAACUAGACCUCCACGACCUUCAACACAAACUCCCUACUUGCCUCCUCCGCAGCAACCUCAGAGACCACAGGCUCUUCCACCACAAAUUCAACCACCAUACGUUCCAUACUCUCAACCUCCAACUAGGCCUACGUAUGUCCCACCUUCUUCACAGUCUUCGAGCAGACCCCCUCCCCCACCACCAACCAGGCCGCCAUAUAUUCCACCACUAGCACAUCCUUCAAAUGUAACGCCUCCGUCACCUCCUCAAAUUGUGACAAGGCCUCCAUAUUUACCUCCUCCAACUCAUCAAACUCCAAGGCCACCAGGUCCUCCUGCUCCGCCGAAAAUACCUCCUUAUAUUCCCCCUUUAGUAUCAACUAGAACACCAUACAUCCCAUCUCAAACUCAACCUUCGUUUAGACCUCCACCACCUCAAAGCAAUCCUCCACCACCACCAUCACAUCCAACUACACCUUCACCAUCACAAACUAGGCCUCCAUAUUUGCCUCCUCCGCAAAACAACCAAGGGCCAACUUCUUAUGAAGUAUAUCCUAAUCAGCCUAAGCAAUCAACCGGGGCUCCUCCGCCACCUCCACAAAACAAAAAACCAGACUACGUAUCUCCAGUAAACAGGCCAUCACCUCCGCCUCCUCAACCACAAAAAGCUAGACCACUGCCUCAUCAACUACCGGUGAAAAGACCUCCACCACCACCUUCUCAGAGACCUUCAAAAUCUUCUUUUAGCACAAAGCCACCUGCUUACUUACCACCUGAACCACCCAGCAGAACACAUUCUCAAAACUCUAGUAGACCGCCCCCUCAAGCAAGUGGCAGUAAGCAACCUCAAGAAACUAGCAGGUCACCCCAUCCCACUCCUCAACCAAAUGGUAUACCAACAUCGUCUCUACCCUCUAAACCCUCCAGUAGACCACUAUCUACAGCCCCACAGCCACCAGCUCGACUUCCUCAAGUUUCUCCAAGUCAAAGACCGCCGCCAUAUUUACCACCUUCUUCUCCGAGGACAACUUAUCCCACUGUGACAGCGCCACCCUACCCAACUCCAUUAUAUAGUAUAACACCCAGCACAUCUGCUCGAUCUCCACCAACUGGAUAUCCAGCGCCACCACCAACCAUACCACCUAGCACAUUUCGACCAAACCUAGGAUACAGUUAUCCUAUACCAGACUUGCCUUUUGAUUUUCGAAAACGUUAAGUAAUUCAUCGCUUCUGGGUUUGGAAUUGAAUUCUGAGAUCCUAAUUUUUUAGAAUUAAUAUAAUAUUGUGAGUUAGACAGUCAAAGAUGCUAUUUUCUUCGAAAUUUAUACGUAGAAAUUUACAGUGUCAUAUGCGUUUCUUCAAUCGCCAGUUCAAUGUAAAACUUAAAAAUAUCUAGAUGCUUGUUAAAUUAAAGAUUCUUUAUUUUUUACUAUAUGCGAAUAAAAUCAUCAGACAAGUUUGUAUAUGCUGACGAAAAACAAUCAGUUCACAAUAUUUUCAAGGUUUAGAGUGAUGAAGUCAUUCGAUUUUUAGAUUUACUUAGAAACCGCAAAAAACUGCAUAAUGAGACAAUGGAAUAGUUUGUAGCCGUUACUUACAAAUGAAGUACUUACUUGUUGCAGUAGAACAUAACAUAAAAAAACCUAAUUCCAGAGCACAUUCUUUACAGGAAUUGUAUGUUUUUUGUAAUAAAUAUGAUUUCAAUUUGUAAUGUAUUUCAAGUUUCACACACAUCGGCCUUAAGUUAAUGAAACGAAUUUAAACUACUUUUUUCGUUCAUCUGUCAAUAUACUCGUAUUCUAAAUUAUGAGGGAAACAUUGUCAGAUUGCAAAUUCUUUCAGUGCAGAAACUGUUCUAUUUUCAUAUAAUCAAAGAGCCACCCUGGCGGACCGAAGGAACCGAAUGGAGCCUCUAUACAAAAUACCGGUAAGACCCCAUUCGGUUCGUUUUUAAAAAACUCGAAAAAAGAACAAAAUCAACUUUUCAAUUGUUAAAAUUCGUAUUUUACGUUAAAAUUCCCUAUAGAAAAUCACGGUAUAAUCGCAAUGGUUUUUUUUGCAACAGUAAAAAGUUUUAAAAAAAAUAUAUAUACAGUAAGGACGUUUACUAUGUAAUCAUAGGGCAUAUAAUAAUAUAUCUUUAGCAUACAUUGCAACCCGUCGUGCAUCUGUGUAAUUCAAAAAAGUAGUGAAUAGGCGAUUUUAAUUCAGUUUUUAAAUCCCUCGCACUCGAAGUCUUGCGCUGAUUGGUCAAAAGCUUCGAAUCUCAGAUGACGUGCGAAAAGACGUGCAAUCUAAUUCCGAAAGAAGAUUAUGUUCCCCAGGAUUCACCACGCAUUCCAGAUAAAUAAUGUAGUACGAAUUAAAAAUAAUGUAAUACAAUA